CAGGAUUAAGGUUUCGAACGAGCAAGCGUAUGCAAGACUCUGCCAUCCUCCACCAUGAAGGAGAUUCAGCAGCAGCGGAAACGGAAAAGUGAGAAGCUUUUGGACGCCGUCUCAGGUGCUCAGAAUGAGAAGGAGAAUGGAUCUUCUUUCAUAUCGGACUUAAAAAAACAUCCAGUAGAUGAAAAGGAGAAUGAUCAAAAAAUUAACGAAGACGAGGACGAGGACGAGGUAGAGGAAGAAGAAGAAGGUGAAACUUCUGAGGACUCUUUUGCUGGUUUUGAAUCUGAAGAGGAAUCUUUGCCCGAACUUUCACCCGAUGUUUCUGAGGACGAAAGUGACAUUGAAGAGAUUGACGCUGGUUAUUCCUCAGACUCUUCUACGGAGGACGGUCCUGCUCGUUUAUACGAGUCUCCAAAUGAGCCUGGCUUGUACAUUAAUUAUGACAUUGACGGUAAGAGAAUUACUCGUCCUGCUACUCCAGCUGCUUUGGAUUCCCUGAUUGCAUCUAUGGACAAGGGAAGUGGUUGGACAGGUAUCGUGGAUACUGCUACUGGUCAGCCAGUCAAUUUGACGGAUGAUGAAAUGAAGUUGCUUAAGCGUCUUGCAAAGACUGAGAUCCCUGAAGAGGGUUUCAACGUUUAUGAAGAUGCUGUCGACUUCUUCACUCACAACGUUCAACAAACCCCAGUCAGCAGUGCUCCUGAGCCCAAGAGUCGUUUUGCUCCUUCAAAACAUGAACGCAAACGUAUUCUUCAGUUGGCCUAUGCUAUAAAGAAGGGACGUAUUCUUACCGCCGCCCAGCGUGAAGAGCUUGAGCGUAAGGAAAGCGAACGUUCUUUCGUUGCGGAUAAGGAUCUUUGGGCUGAUGAUAGUGCUGUUAAUGAGAUGGCUAACCAUCCCAUGUAUGCCCCCGCACCUCGUCUUCCUCCUCCUACUCACGAUGAGAGUUACAAUCCUCCUGAAGAGUAUCUUCCUACUCCCGAGGAAGCCAAAGCCUAUGAGGAGGCUGAUCCUGAGGACCGCCCUAAAAAUUACUUGCCUCGCAAGCAUAACGCUCUUCGUUUAGUCCCUGCGUACAAGGAGCUUCUGAAGGAACGCUUUGAGCGUUGUCUUGAUUUGUAUCUCGCCCCUCGUGUACGCCGCAAAAAGUUGAACAUUGAUCCUGAGUCUCUUAUUCCCAAACUCCCUCUUCCAUCAGAGCUUCGGCCCUUCCCUACUCGUUGUACGAACGCUUUUGUCGGGCACAAGGGUCGUGUUCGUUCUCUUGAUGCCCAUCGUGAGGGCUUAUGGCUUGCUAGCGGUGGUGAUGACGGAGUUGUCCGUGUUUGGGAAAUCCUUACUGGCCGUUGCGUUUGGUCUAUGUCCUUACGUAACUUCAAUAACGGUGAGACAUCUGAAAACGACGAUGAUGAGGAUUCCACUGAUGAACAAAGUAUCAUUCAUGCCGUCGCAUGGUCUCCUAACACUGCUACACCUAUCCUUGCUGUCGCCGCUGAUACCAAGUUGUACCUGAUUACACCUCCCAUAUUCAACCCCGAACUGGUUGAGAAUGCAAAGAAUGCCGUGUCACAGGACUUUUCUGAGUCGGCUUGUGUGUGGAAGCAUUGUCCCAAGUCGCUCACCACCGUUUUGAGUGGUGCCGUUUUGCAUGCCGUUGUUACUACACAAUUUACUAUCAAGGCACUCUCUUGGCAUCGUCGUGGUGACUAUGUUGCUACAAGCUCUUCUGUUUCUUCAAAUCGCGCCGUCAUUAUACAUCAGUUGUCGAGGGGAGCUAGUCAAUCGCCUUUCUCGAAAGCGCGUGGAAGUAUACAACAAGUCUCGUUUCAUCCUACUCAACCUUACCUUUUGGUAGCUACUCAACGUUAUGUUCGUAUCUAUAACCUUGCAAAGCAAGAGUUAGUGAAAACGUUAAUUACGGGUGUAAAGUGGAUUUCUAGUAUUGACGUCCAUCCUAGUGGUGAUCACGUAUUACUUGGUUCUUACGACCGUCGUUUGUGCUGGUUUGAUCUUGAUUUAUCGAACAAGCCUUAUAAAACGGUGCGUUAUCACGAUCGGGCUAUUCGUGAUGUUUCAUACCAUCCUACGCUUCCUCUCUUCUGCUCGGCCUCUGAUGAUGGUAAUGUUCAGGUGUUCCACGGACGGGUUUAUAAUGAUUUGAUGGCCAAUCCACUUAUCGUUCCGCUCAAAAUUCUUGGCAAACACAAGGUAGUGAAUAGUGUCGGUGUCCUUGAUGCGUGCUGGCAUCCUCAAGAGGCAUGGCUUUUCAGCUGUGGUGCCAAUGGUGAAAUUCGCAUGUGGACUUAAGUCGAGGAUGGCCGUUGAAUAUCUCAAAAAGGAAUCAUUCACAAAUACUAAAAAAACGGACAAAUGAUUUCCAACUCGAAUACUGUGCAAUCAUUUUUUCGUCAAAAUCACAGCACAGCAUCAGCUUUCUUUCCUGUCUUUUACCACUUUAACCCUUAUGCGGGAUACGAAUGUCCUACAUGAGUUGCGGCGGUAUCAUACAAAUUAUUUUAGUUGAUAUUUACUUUACAAAUAGGGAUAUAUGGUUACUGAGGUUUUGUUACAAUUCAUUUGAUUAUUGAAAGUUUUAUAUAAUUUUUUUUUGGUUGUCUGAGAUUGUUGAACGUACAAACAAAAAAGUACGAAUGGC